UAAAGAAACCCCCCUUCAAAUCUGGCUGUCUCUCUGAUAUUUGAUUUCAAUUCGUAAAAAAGUACGAUAAAAUAGCACGUGUAGUAUUAUUAUUUUGUUUAUUACAUAUUUGUUGAAGUUAACAAUAGGCUUUUAAAAUGAAUAAAGAAUUUGAAGAUUCCGAUUCCGACAACUUUGAGGAUGAAGAAGAUGAAGUCGAAGAUGGUGAAGUUACAAUUUGUCUGUUUUGCGACAGCCAGUUCCCUUCCAUAGAGCCUGCUAUUCAGCAUCUCGAUGUAAGUCACGGAAUUCAAUUGGGCAAACUCAAAGCCAAGUUUAGCAUGGACCAGUACUCCUAUAUAAAAUUAAUUAACUAUAUUCGAAGAGAAAAACCAUCUCCAGAAGAAAUUUCAACAGCCAAAUCAAUUAUUUGGAAUGAAGAGAAGUACCUGAAGCCACUUGAUUAUGAAUCGUGGUUAAGUUAUGACUUCGACGAUCUUGCUGCCGAUGAAAUUGUAAAUGAAACAACCGAAACCAAACAAAUAUCUGUAGAUGAAUAUAAAAAAUUGCAAGACACUGUCAAAACUCUAACCAAUAAAAUACAGGAAUAUGAAGAGAGUCUCCAACAUGCUGCCGAAAGUGUAUCAAAAAUGCGGUCUGCAUACCACAGACUCGUCGAUAAAGAAACUGUCGAAAAAGAAAGAAACUGUGUUUCUUCGGUGCCGGUAGAGGCAGAUGAAAGUUACUUUAGCAGUUAUGCCCAUUUUGGAAUUCACCGUGAAAUGCUUGCGGAUAGGGAGAGGACAAUAACUUAUAGAGAUUCUCUUCUAAGGAAUAAAGACUUUAUUAAAGGCAAAACAAUUUUGGAUGUAGGCUGUGGAACGGCUAUCUUAUCCAUAUUUGCAUCACAGGCUGGAGCAAAAGAAGUCAUAGCGGUUGAUAACUCUGAUAUCAUCUAUACCGCCAUGGAUAUUGUAAAAAAAAACAACUAUUCGAAUAUAUCGUUUGUCAAAGGCCGAGUAGAAGAUACAGCUCUGCCUGUGGAGAAAUACGACGUGAUAAUCUCCGAGUGGAUGGGAUAUUUUCUUCUUUUCGAAGGAAUGCUGGAUAGUAUAAUUUAUGCUCGCGACAAGCACCUGAAGGAGGGCGGUCUUCUCAUGCCCAAUAGAUGUACAAUGAGUAUUGUUGGGUAUGGCGAUGAGACUCUGCAUAAAACCCACAUCGCAUUUUGGGAUGUUAUGUUGGGAUUGGACAUGUCAAUCAUGAAAAAACAAGUGCUCCAUGAGCCUUUGAUAGAAGUAGUUGAUCGAGAGCACGUUUUAACAGAACCAAAUGUUAUUGCUGACUUAGAUUUAUCUACUGUUACAGUGAAUUAUUCGAAUUUCAGUUACAAUUUCAAUCUAAAAUGUUUGAAACCAGGGCGUUUGACGUCGUUGGUGGGUUAUUUUGACGCAUUCUUUGGUGGAUUACCACAUACUGAAAAAUUGAGUACCUCUCCAUUGGCUGAACCAACACACUGGAAACAAGUUGUAUUCUUUUUAGAAGAACCUGUUAAUGUUAAAGCGGACGAAAUAGUAAGUGGAUCGUUAGUUUGUCGAAGAAGCAAACAAAGCAUGAGAUCUUUGGAUAUUAAAAUAACUAUUUUCGGAAAGGACCACAACUACUAUUUAGAUUGAUAUGGAAUACAAAUCAUGAUAUUUUUAUAAAUUCCUGAAAACUAUUUUUUUAAAAUUUAUUAUAAAUAAAGUAAAAAUAGUUUAAUUUU